CAGACUACAUUACCCAUGAUUCUUUUGUGUCCACGGAAGCUUUCCAAAUGUCAUCGCAGUUGAGCUUGUCAGUAAUCGCGUAACAUGUUAACUACAGGAACGGACUCAGUUGUCAUUUGGUAUUAAGACGUUUCAUUGAGCUUCACGCAACUUUACGUCUGGACAGAAGGACAAUAGCCGCAUCAGCCAAUGGGGGAGCGCUUUGUUUCGGUGUCCGACAUUUCUGGUGGGGCGUUUCAGCUAGAGGCUCAGGAAAUUAUUAUGCCCUCUAUUUAUUUCCCAUUAUUAUUCCCUUGCGCUAAAAACGACAAUAUGGAGGCCUCUCACUCGUAUUGGCACUGAUCAAUUGUACCCCGACGUUCAUCUCCAUAAUGAAGAGAAAACCAAACAGUAUGGUUCUUCCAAAGCGUGGGAGGCUGGCGACAAACUCAUCCGCUGCAGAGGAGUGCAGUAUCCCCUCGAACCCCAAUACCGUCCAGGAUUCGUCCCUUCCUCUCAGACGCCUCACCAUGUCACAGCACAGUGACAACCUCCUUGCGUUUCUGAACGAGGACCGGACCCGGCAGAGGUUCUGCGAUGUGUCCGUGUUGGUGGGUGGGACGGUUUAUAGAGCCCACAAAGCCGUCCUGGCCCACGGGAGCAGCUACUUUCAUGCAGAGCUCUCCAAGAACUCGGGCACAAUGACUCACGUCACUCUGGACCACGUGGAGGAUUCGGUUUUCCAGCAUCUGCUCGGCUUCCUGUACACGUCAGAGUGUGCCGUUGCAGAGACAGACCUCCCAGCUCUAGCUGAAGCAGCCAGGUUCUUGGAUAUGAUGGACGUAUUAAAGCUCUUGUGCGAGGACGGGAAAGCUAUCUUUUCCCAGGGAGAGACGAGGGAAACUGAGUUAGAAAUUCCCUCCUGUGAUGCUGCUGGGGCGGACGCAGAGGUCCAGAGCACCCUAAGCAGCAAAAUCUCCCCGCAGCACAGUGUUGCUGAAAGUACUAAUCCAGCUUCAAGUAGGGAGGUGAAGACAUGUCCGAAAAGUGCUACCACGCGGAGAUCAGUUUGUUCAAGAAAAACACCCUCUAAGCAUAGGAAAGACAAUGGAAAGUACUGUAUCAGCAAUCCUACGGAGCAACAAAGAGUUGAAUCACCAGGGAGACCAGAUGAACACAAAGUGGACGGUGUUUUGGAGGUUAAUCGGGAUGUGAAAGAGACCCCCAAACCGUCUCAGGGCGAUGACGUGAUGGAGGAGGACACGGAGGAGGACGAGCAAGAUGUUAACGUUGGUGCUGUUUCGCAGAAGAACAUUUGUGAGGCUUCUGGAAAUGACAGGAUGGCUUUAGAGGAAGGUUCACACACUGACAGAACAGAGGCCCCAUCCGGGCAAGAUAGGGACGUUCACAUGCCUCCAACAGCAAGCACUAACCAGAGUCCAGAGUAUCCUGAGGGUCUGGCUCCAGUUAUCAUCCAAACAUCCAGCAAAAAGACUCUUAAGUGUCCCAAAUGUGAGAAGACUUUUGAUCGUGCAGGGAAAUACGAGAGUCACACCAGAGUCCACACAGGAGAGAAGCCUUUCCAGUGUGACAUAUGCCUCCAGUGCUACUCCACCAAGUCCAACCUGACGGUGCACAAGAAGAAGCAUGCAGGCGAUGCUCCUAUUCCAAAGAAGGAGCACAAGUGUCCCUUUUGCAACAAACUCCAUGCCAGCAAGAAAACUCUGGCCAAGCAUGUCAGAAGGUUUCAUCCCGAUCACACUCAGGAGUUUUUUGCUGCGAGGAAAAAGAAGAGCGAAGGCUGGAAAUGUGCAAUUUGUUCGAAGACGUUCAGCCGCAGGCCUCACCUGCAGGAGCACAUGAUCCUCCACACCCAGGACCGGCCCUUCAAAUGCUCCUUCUGUGACGAGUACUUCAAGUCCAGGUUUGCGAGGCUGAAGCACCAAGAGAAAUAUCACUUGGGUGAGACACAUCCGAAGCCCUUCCGUUUUUGCUGGUCAAAAUCUUUACAAUCCACGUUAAGAAAAAAAAAAAAGAAAAGAAAAUGGUGUAGAAGAUGUUUUUUAUUUUAUUUUAUUUUUCUCCAACGUGCAGGUCCGUUUCCCUGUGAGAUCUGUGGACGGCAGUUCAACGACACCGGCAACAAGAAGAGGCACAUAGAGUGCACACACGGAGGCAAAAGAAAGUGGACCUGCUACGUUUGUGGGAAAUCAGUGAGGGAAAGGACGACGUUAAGGGAACACUUGCGUAUUCACAGCGGAGAGAAACCUCAUCUCUGCAGCAUUUGUGGGCAAAGUUUCCGUCACAGCAGUUCCUACAGGCUUCACCUCAGAGUUCACCAUGACGACAAGCGCUAUGAGUGCGACCAAUGUGGGAAAACCUUCAUACGCCACGAUCACCUGACCAAGCAUCAGAAAAUACACUCUGGUGAGAAAGCACACCAGUGUGAAGAAUGUGGGAAGUGCUUCAGGCGCCACGAUCAUCUGACAGUGCACUAUAAAAGUGUUCAUUUGGGAGAGAAAGUUUGGCAGAAAUAUAAAACUGCUGUGCAUCAAUGUGAGGUUUGCAAGAAAGAGUUUAAAGGAAAGUCCAGUUUGGAGAUGCACUUCAGGACUCACUCAGGCGAGAAACCCCACAGAUGCCCUGAGUGCCAUCAGACCUUUCGGAUCAAGAAGACCUUAACGAAGCACAUGGUGAUCCACUCGGACGCCCGUCCCUUUAACUGUCCGCACUGCAGCGCCACCUUCAAGAGAAAAGACAAGCUGAAGUACCAUGUGGACCACGUGCACAGCGCCAGGUUCACCGAGCCUGGCGCUAACCCUACCCUAACCCUAACCCCCAGCCAGGACAAAGCCGCCUCCGCUCCUUUUCAGGGAACCCCCAAGUCGGCCCCGCGAAGCGCCUCCAACCCGGCCGCCGUCUGCAUCCCCGUCACUUUAGUCCCUGUUCCCAUGGCAGCGGGAGGUCCGGGAGACCUUCACCCCCACCGGGCCGCCUCUCUCUCGUCUCAGACCCACAGCGUGGUAAACGUUCAGGCUCAGGGCCAGCAGCAGCAGCAGCAGCAGAACCCCGGCUACCAGGCAGCAACAGAUCUGGCUUUCUUAGAGAAGUACACCCUGACCCCUCAGCCGGCCAACAUCGUCCAUCCCGUAAGGCCCGACCAGAUGCUGGACCCUCGAGAGCAGUCGUACCUGGGGACGCUGCUGGGCCUGGACUCGGCUCCCUCUGUUCAAACCAUCUCCAACUCCGAUCACACUCACCGAUGAAUGAAUGAAUCCGGUGGGAAAUGCGCAGAUUUAGGACAAAAACUAUGUGAGCAGCACCCGACCCGGUUUGAUUCAAAAGUAACGCCCAAAGAGAGACGCUGACGCACUGACUUAUUCAUUAUGAUUUCUAUUUAAUCUUUUAUAUAAUUUAUAUCGGCAUCAUAAUUUUUAACAGAUUAGAAGAUUUCAUUUGAUGAAAUUUAAAACGUAACAAGUGCUUUAAGCAGCUAAGCUGCUGAUGAAUGAACUUUGUUCUGUUAAACUAAUGGUACGUUCUCAUUUCCUGCUUGGGUGAUUAAUUUAUCCUCUUAAAACUAACUGAACAAAUAAUUAACAUUUUAACUUGCAUCAUGAACAACCAAAGCACCUUUACACACUGUAGUGUGUAAACAGACAAUUCUGUCAUUUUAAUCCAUAGAACAUUAGAACAUUUUCUUUUUAGUAUUUAUCAAUUUUCUUUUCUUUUUUUUAUAAAAAGAAAGCCAUUAAGUUAAAAUUUAUUAUAAAACAACACCAUUAAAGAUCAUAACCUGUGGACAGCUCUUAUUUUUUGAAGAGGGACAGUAUUUUGUUACGUGCAAUAUAUAUUGUUUACUAUGGAGAGCCAUUUCAGCCAAAAUGAAACAAAUAAAUGGGUAAAAUAAAUAAAUAAAAAUGGAAAAAUUAAAAAUGGCUAAAUGAAUCUGGGAAUAAAUAAAUGCAUAGAUGAAUAAAUAUAAAUGGGAAUAGAGAUGCAAAUUUUACCCAUUUAUUUAUUCAGUUUUGGCUGAAACAAGUAGAAAUGUCUCUACACUGUAAAAAACAAACUUAGCGGGUUAUCAGAUCAACAAAAGAAUAUCAUGUACUUUUAACUAAAUAAUUUCAUGUUUCAAACAAAAAUGUGAUACAAUCAUGUUGGAUAAA